GUGGUCACCAUGCCUGAGUACUUGAAGAAAAGGUUCGGGGGGCAGCGUAUUCGCAUCUAUCUCUCAGUAUUGUCCCUCUUUCUCUAUGUCUUCACCAAGAUCUCAGCAGACAUGUUCUCAGGCGCUAUAUUCAUCAACCUGGCUCUGGGGUUGAACAUCUAUGUUGCUGUCAUCUUACUACUCAUCAUUACGGCACUCUAUACGGUCACAGGGGGAUUGGCCGCUGUCAUCUACACAGACACCCUACAGACCUUCAUUAUGGUUGUGGGAUCGUUCAUUCUCAUGGGUUUUGCCUUUGCUAAGAUUGGAGGUUAUGACAACUUCCAGGACCUUUACAUGAACGCAGUCCCCUCUGUGACGACCAACAUCAGUGAAGCCUGCUAUGAGCCACGAGCAGACUCCUUUCAUAUCUUCAGGGACCCCAUUACAGGCGACCUGCCAUGGCCUGGUUUGAUUUUUGGACUCACGAUUCAAGCCGUCUGGUACUGGUGCACCGAUCAGGUCAUUGUCCAGCGUUGUCUCUCAGCAAAGAACUUGUCCCACGUCAAGGGUGGCUGCAUCCUAUGUGGCUACCUGAAGCUGCUGCCCAUGUUUCUGAUUGUCUUCCCUGGCAUGAUUAGUCGCAUCCUCUACCCCGAUGUGGUUGCUUGUGUGGACCCAGAUGAGUGUAUGAAACACUGCGGUACCAGUGUGGGCUGCACCAACAUUGCCUAUCCUAAACUGGUGGUUGAUCUGAUGCCGGAUGGCCUGCGCGGGCUCAUGCUGUCUGUGAUGUUGGCCUCUCUGAUGAGCUCGCUCACCUCCAUCUUCAACAGCGCCAGUACUCUCUUCACCAUGGAUAUUUACACUAAAAUUCGCCAAAAAGCCAGUGAAAAGGAACUCAUGAUCGCUGGAAGGGUCUUCAUUUUGAUUCUGAUCGGCGUGAGCAUUGCAUGGAUUCCAGUGGUGCAGUCGGCGCAGAGCGGCCAGCUCUUUGACUACAUCCAGUCCAUCACCGGCUACCUCACACCACCAGUGGCUGCUGUCUUCAUCCUCGCCAUCUUCUGCAAACGUGUGAAUGAGGCUGGCGCGUUCUACGGCCUCACGAUAGGUCUACUCAUCGGCCUUUCUAGGAUGAUCGCAGAGUUUGUUUACGGGACAGGCAGCUGCGUGGAGCCAAGCAAUUGCCCUGAGAUUAUUUGUGGGGUUCACUACCUCUACUUUGCCAUCAUCCUCUUCACUGUCUCCUGUAUAAUCAUCCUUGGAGUCUCUCUGAUGACCAAACCGAUCCCUGACAAACACUUGUAUCGACUGUGCUGGAGCUUGAGGAACUCCACGGAAGAGAGGGAGGACCUGGAAAAAGAUGACUGGGUUGCAGACAAUGACUCCAUGGAAUUUGAAGAACCAGAGGAAGAACCAGGAUUCUGUAAGAAGGCCCUGAUGUGCUUUUGUGGCCUGGAGCAGAAAAAGGCACCGAAACUGACAAAAGAGCAGGAGGCCGCAUUGAAGGAGCAGCUCACUGACACCACCGAGGUCCCUCUAUGGAGGAAUAUUGUCAAUGCAAAUGCUUUAAUUCUUCUAUGUGUCGCAGUUUUCUUCCAUGGUUUCUAUGGUUAACUAAUCCCAUGU